CCUUCUGUGGCCAGUGUUGGGAAAUACUGCCCAACAGCUGUUCUAGCACCUAUAGCCCUUGCAUAAUUUCUCGUUUACAAAUAUGUUGCAGGUGUUGAAGACUUUACGAUGGGCACAACCUGUGCGGGCGCUAUCAUCUGUGACCACCAGCAGUGCAGCAACGAAUGUUACAACUACAGCAUCCGUUCCGGAGCCGGAUAAACUUUUCAGCAAAUUGGAAAUCGAGCUGCGCGGCGUAGAUCCGGCCGUGCUGAAGAGCUAUACCUGGUUUGCCACCACCGCCGCAGACCAUUUGGGCAUUGAGAAGGGCAAGUGCUGGUCCCCACGCAAGGCAGACCACGAGCGCAUGACACUGCUGAAGUCGGUGCACAUCUACAAGAAGCAUCGUGUGCAGUACGAGGUGCGAACGCACUUCCGGUACAUGAAUUUCCACAAGCUGACAGGCUCCACCCUGGACACAUUUCUGGAGUAUAUUGAACGCAACCUGCCCGAAGGCGUGGCGCUGCAGGUGUCCAAGACAGAGCUCCAGCAGAUGCCCGAGCACUUGCGCCAACCCCCCGAGCAAGUUUAGCGCAGCCUGAAAGAACUCUUAGCCAGUAGGACGCAAAUGUUAUUAAUAGUUUUUUACUUGGAGCCCCUUGUCAGGGGCAGUUAUGCGGCCAUUCAAGUACGUAUUUCAACAGCGGCAUCCGCGCUGAGAUUAGGCUGAUCAAAAACAAAAAUAAAUUGAAAUAGAAGAACA